GGCGACGCAGACGCUUGCAAACCAUCUGCCACCAAUCUGGCCCCGCCCUCUUAUCUCCUCCGCCUCCGCCUCGCUCGCCUCCUCCUGCUACUUGCAUUGCUCCAGCGCGUGCCGUCCGCAGGCCGUCCAGCCCUCGCGCGAGCCAGCGAUGGCCAUGCAGGCCCCGGCGUCGUCCCUGGCGCGCGCGCCGGCGGCGCCGCUCCGGUCGUCCUUCUCGGCGCCGUGGUCGGUGCGGAUGCCGGCGCCGGCGCGGCGGCGGGUGGCCAGGGCCGCCACGGCCGCGCGGAUCACCAUGCGGGUCGCGUCCAAGCAGGCCUACAUCUGCCGCGACUGCGGGUACAUCUACAACGACAGGACCCCGUUUGACAAGCUGUCCGACAGCUACUUCUGCCCCGUUUGUGGAGCUCCGAAGAGGAGGUUCAGAGCAUACCAGCCGGCGGUGUCCAAGAACGCGAAUGCCACCGAUGCCCGCAAGGCGAGGAAGGAGCAGCUAAAGAAGGACGAAGCAAUCGGGCAAGCCUUGCCGAUCGCCAUUGCCGUCGGUGUAAUUGCCCUGGUCGGCCUCUACUUCUACCUCAACAGCGCCUACAACUAGAGGAACAAACAUGCAUCAGAGACGAUCAGUCCAUUUGGUGCUGGGGACAGGAUCGAUUCUUUCCAUUUUGCCCUUUCUUUUUGUCGCUGUACAUGUUUUUGCCAUGCUACAUGCAUACUACUAGGGCUCCAACCUCCAAGACUGUAAUACAAGUCGUCGUUUAUCCUGAAAUACUAUACGUUAAUUACUCAACUGACACUUGACAGCUGAUUCAGGUUUUAUUUGGGAUUUCAACUGGAAUAAAUCAUCUGAAACAAGUGGCUUUUUCUUCA